AUGGCCGUCCAGGGCGAUCAUUCUUCCAUCAAUGGCUCGCACGGCUCCUUACGACACAGGAAACGCCAUACAGUGCCGAAAAAUGCACCUUUCGCCGGCCGCAUUGGCGGUAACCAGGCCUUCAUUGCGACAGAUGAUUCCCAAGAGUCUGAGGAGAUACUGAAAAAGCAGCCUGAUGCCGCGCCAUUAUCCAGCCUGAGAGACUCGCUUGAUCCUCGUGGCUUCUUCAUCGUCGAUACAUGGCGACAAGCGGCCAUAGAAGCAUGGGGUGAGGUCGAUCCUAUGGAUCUGGAGAUGCCGAGCUGA